AUGGGCUGCACUCAAUCCAGGACGAGCGAUCAGAUCACGGUUGAGGCUUCGGAUGCAGCGGUCGUGCAACAGGCCAAGACGAAGUCGGUGAAAAGUGAGGCCUUGGUUGAUGUGGACGUGAAGACUUUUGACUUUGCCCUUCAAUUCGUGCCAGGUGAAGUCAGCACCAACGAGUACGGCAUCGCCUUUUACAACUUCGACGGUUCCAACCCGGCAGAUCCUAAUCAGGAGGUACACGUGUGCAAGCGCUACUCGGAGUUUAAACGGAUGCACGCCGAGAUUUCCAAGCUCAUGGCGAGCGAGGAUCAGUUUAAAUUUCAGACAUGCCCGACACUCCCGUCAAUGCCACGGGCUAACGCUGUCACGUUUGUACUCGGUCGUGGCAAUCAAAAUGUAGUGAAGGAGCGCGAGGCUCAGUUCGUAAAGAUCCUGAACGCUAUCGCAGCUCACCCAACUGCUUUCCAGAGCAAGUCUUUCACAGAGUUCAUCGCUUAA